GAUGAUAUAGCCAAAAGAAAAAGAGAAGAAACACCCCCUCUCUUUUUCUCUCUCUAAACAGGCGUUCUUUCCCUCUCUAAACCAAACCCUUUUGGUCGUACCCUUUAAACAUUUCACGCCUUCUUUUCAUCUCUCUCUCUCUCUCUCUCUCUCUCUGUAUUUUCUAAGAAAAAUGGAGGCUGCUCUGGACAGACGUGCACGUUUCAUGGUUGAUGACCUUCUCAACUUCACUUUGGACGCAGGAGAUGAAGACGAUGAUGACGAAAACAACAACAACAAAACCCUAAAACCCCUUUCUUCUUCUUCUUCUUCUUUGGAGUCAUCCAAACAAGACCCAGAUGAUCAUCAAACCCUCUCUUUGACUGAGUUUGCCGAGGAAGAACUGGAAUGGUUGUCCAACAAAGAUGCGUUUCCGGCCGUUGAGACUUGCUUGGACAUCCUCUCAGACAACCCUGGCAUUGUCCAGAGCCCGGCAUCGGUGCUUGAAAACAGCAGCACCACCAGCACCAGCACUAGCAACAGCAGCGCCACCACUGUUCCGAGCUGCUGUGCACGCAGCAUUUUAGUUCCGGUUCCGCCUUACCCCGGUAAAGCGCGGAGCAGGAGGCGGCGGCGCGGGUUUUCAGACUUACCGGGUCAGCAGUGGUGGUCAUGGAGCCAAGAUAUGGUGAAGAGUGCCAAAAAAGGGUUGCCCAAAGGACCACCACCACCAAGUAGUACAAUCGGGAGGAAGUGCCAGCAUUGUCAGGCAGACAAGACACCGCAAUGGCGGGCGGGUCCAAUGGGGCCGAAAACAUUGUGCAAUGCUUGUGGGGUACGGUACAAGUCAGGGAGGCUUGUGCCCGAGUACCGCCCGGCAAGCAGUCCGACAUUUUCGAGUGUAAUGCAUUCAAAUUCUCACCGGAAGAUAAUAGAGAUGAGAAGGCAGAGGUAUGGUGGUGGUGAAUGAAAUCUGUGGAUAUAGAGUAGGAUAGUGGUGAGUAGUUCUCUCUCUCUCUCCGUCUUUAUUUUUAAUUUAGCAUAGUGAUGUUAGAUUAGGAAUUAGGGUUUGUUGUAAUGGGGCUACAUAGAUGGUUUAGUUUAACCAUUAUUUAUUUUGGUUCAUCAAAAUUCAUUAGGGGAAUUUUGACUUUAGAGUGUGAUUGUUUAUGCAUUAUUCGAAUAGAAAACACCCAAAAAUAUUUGGUUUUGGUUUUGGUUUUGGUAUACUAGUUGUUUGUUUGCUCGGAAUGGAGAUGAUGGAAUUUUGGAUUUGCUGAAAUGAAGGUUUUGGUGAAAUUUUGGGACACAAAGUGGUUGUCAUGUUUUGUUUUCUGAGCUAGCUUAAAGCCUGAUGGAUAGUUGGGGAGUUGCUUUUGAUGAUUGUCUUGUUGAAGAUGCCUUGAAUACAAAGACAUGUCUAUAAGUUUUGAUUUUUACAUCUUGCUGUUUCAA